AUGUCUCUCAAGACCCAAGUAUUCGCCAUUACCGGCGCCGGGCAGGGUAUUGCACUGGCUACGGCGAGGUUGCUUGCCAGCAGAGGUGCAAGUGUAUCCCUUGCUGAUAUGAACCCGAAUACACUCGCGGAAGUAGAGAAGGAAUUCCAGGGGAAUGAUUGGCCAAUCCUUGUCACCGUCGUUGAUGUCAGGAAGCGCAAAGACGUGGACGACUGGAUCAGUGCCACCGUACAGAAAUUCGGCAGACUUGACGGCGCGGCCAACGUCGCUGGGAUUAUAGGAAGACAGAUUUUCAAAGCGCAGGUGACCGAGAUAGAAGACGAUGACUGGGAGAUGGUGAUGAGCGUCAAUGUAACCGGCACCAUGAAUUCGAUGCGAGCUGAAUUGAAACACGUGGUGGACGGUGGGAGCAUAGUCAAUAUCUCCUCACAGGACGGCUCCCGCGGAGUUGCGCGUUGUAGCGCAUAUUGUACCUCGAAGCACGCCGUUCUUGCGCUCACUCGAUGCGCCGCUAGAGAGUAUGGAAGUCGCGGGAUUAGAGUGAAUACCGUUGGGCCAGGUGCAACCAAAACCCCUCUCUUCGAUAGCGUGGUGCAAGGGAACCCCCCACCACCAGCUGUCGCAUUGGAACGGUAUGGGGAGCCAGAGGAAAUUGCUUAUGCCAUAGCGUGGCUUCUGGGACCCGAGAGCAAAUAUACUACCGGUGAGCUGUUCCGGAUUGACGGUGGUGAAUUUUGUUAG